AUGGGGGAUUUGAAUGCCAGAAUUGGGCAACUGCAGGCCGGAGACGAUGUUGAGAAUUUCCAGAGAAAGUCCAGGGACAGGGAGGUAUUGCGGGGGGGCAGGAGACUCAUCGAAUUCUGUGAUUUGGAGGGGCUAGUAGUGGCCAAUGGAGCCAUUAAGGGGGACUGGGAGGGUACCGUCACUUACGUGGGGAAGCGGGAGGAUGUGGAAGGCUCGGUGAUAGAUUUGGUCAUGUACGAGGGGAGGGCAGACGUGCUUGAGGAAAUGAGAGUGUGGCCGACGCUCGAUUCAGAUCAUAUGGGUAUCGGUUUCACUCUGCAUGGACCUGGGGGAUCUCGCGAAAAGGUCACAGGGGGGGUUGAAGGGAAAAAGGGGGCAUCUGGAGGUCACCCUCCGGUGAAUGGCAAGGAGUUCAAACUCGCCUGGAAAUCGCAACUGAAGGAUACAUACCACAACCUUCUUGAGGGUAAGCAAGUGGCUCAGGGCGACGGGGAGGAUACAGAGGCGCGAUGGGAGCGACUAAAGGAAACAAUCGCAGAGGUGGCUUUCGACGUGGGCAUGGUAAAGAGGUUGGGGGGGGGACAUAAAACCGAUGAGAAUGCAUGGCUAGGGGAUGAAGUUAAAUUCCAAAGAGCAGAAGUCUUCAAGUGCCUUAAAAAGUACCUGCGAGCUGAUGAGAAAGGGGUUAAAACUAUGUAUAAGACUGAAAGAGCCAAACUGAGGAAAAUGACCAAAGAAAGAAUGCAAGAAAUUAAAGAGGAGAGAGAGAACAGAGUAAGAGCUAGCAGGGGCAUGGGGGGUUUUUGGGAUGCGAUCAAUGGUUGUCGCCCGAGAACUGAAAGGAAAGGGAAGGGAAUACCGGGGGAGGCAUGGGUCGUUCAUAUGGGCAAUAUCUUGGGGGGAACGGACCUGACUAGGGACGAAGAUCGGGAAUGGGAAAAAAUGGAAGAGUGGAUGGAGGUAGAGGCCCUAGAUAGGGACAUCAGCUACGCUGAAUUUUGCGGGGCGCUGAAGGCCUUGAAAAACGGGAAAGCUGCGGGGGAAGACGAGAUCGCCGGAGAAUUUCUGAAAUAUCUCCCGGAAAAUUGGAAGGUAGAGCUGUGGAAGGUAACGCAGAAGGGGUGGGAAACGGGUUCAUUGAUGAAGGGUUGGGAAGUGGCUCGCAUAUUUCCUAUUCAUAAGGGGGGGGACGAGAAUGACGUGGGAAAUUAUAGGGGAAUAUCGUUACUGAACCUAGGGUAUAAACUGCUAGCUAGCAUUAUGGCCGAUAGAUUGGGGUGUUGGCUGGAGAAGGAGGGCAAGUUGAAUGAGAGCCAGGGCGGCUUCCGAAGGCGUAGGGGUACCAGGGAACAGAUCUUCAUUCUGAAUUCACUCAUUGGGAACAGCUUUAAGAGGAAGGGGGGUAAACUGUAUGCUGCUUUCAUCGAUUUGAAGGCAGCCUUCGAUACAGUAGAUAGGGAUUUACUAUUGGAAAAGAUAUGGCGGGUAGGAAUAAGAGCUCGUUUCUACGACAUGAUCAAGGCCAUAUACAGGGUGUCGGAGAACGAAGUCAUCACGGGAGAAGGCAUCACUGGGAGAUUUUCCACGGUACGGGGGGUGAGACAGGGAUGUCCUCUAAGCCCGAUACUUUUCAACUUGUUUGUUGACGAUAUUGAUGACAAGUGGGAAGGAAAGGGCGAAGGGGGCACGGUAUUAGGGGGGGAAAAGGUAUUCUGCCUAAAGUAUGCGGAUGACAUCGUGGCGGUCGCGGAUGAUAAGGCGGGACUGCAGAGCAUGCUAAACACGGCCGAAAAGUACUUUCGAUCAAAUCGACUGGAGAUCAACGUGAACAAAACUAAGAUUAUGGUCUUCAACCGGGGGGGUAGGAAAAAGAAGGGGGAAAAAUGGGAAAUCUAUGGGCGGGAGGUGGAGGUCGUUAGCAGAUUCAAGUACUUAGGUUUCUGGUUCUCGGCGAAAAAUGCCUAUGGAGAGCACAUUCGAAAAAUGGCGGGGAAGGGGGUGCGCGCGGUAAAUGCAGCCUGGGGGGUGGCGACGAGAGCAGGGUUACGCUCGCUGAAGAGUAGGCUGUAUGUGCUCAACACCUUAGGGAAAUCUGGGGCGCUGUACGGGACGGAGAUAUGGGGGUUGAGCAAGAGACCGGAAAUGGAAAGUGUACACGGGAGGGUGGUCAAGAUGGGGAUGGGGGUCACGAGGAACACACCAGACUAUCUGUGGAGAGCGGAGAGUGGCACGAAGAGUCUCAUCUUUGAGACCAGGCGCCGAGCCUUACACUUUCUGGGGGGAGUUAGCAAGUUGGAAAAGGAUAGAAUGGUGAGGGUUGCUCUCAAGGAGGAACUCAGGGCAUUAGGGAACUCGAACCCCACGGCGUGGGGCAAGGAAGUACGUGAUGCGCUGAGGGAUUGGGGAGGUGAGGAAUUUUUGGGAAUUUUGGGGGAAGGGACUCUGGAGAGUAAAGAUUUUAGGGAAAAGGUGGGGGAUUACCUGGAGAGGGGGGAGGAGAAGGUUAGGUCCAAGGAUUCGCGUAAAAUACGGGAGUCAAAAUUUAACCCUGACUACAAGUUUUUGCGCGCGGUGGGGGAAGACUUCUGUUAUUGGGAAGAAAAGGGGGUCACCUGGGGGGAUAAGGUAAUGUGGGCUAGGCUGCGAUGUGGGAAUCUGGGAAGGGCUGGGAAUAAGGGGUAUAAAGAUAUGAGCUGCAGGCUAUGUGGGGCAGCGCGGGAAGACCUGGAGCACAUCCUAAGCUGCGACAUGAUUAAGGGGGGGGUCCUCAAAGAAAUAUGGGAUGAUUGGAGGGUUUUGGGAAGAGGGGAGACAAUUAUAGAGCUGCUGGGGGGGGAGCCGAUUCCGGAGCUCUGUAAAUUUUUCAGAGAAUGGGAGAAACUCAUGAGGGGAAUGGAGGAGGGAUAG